AUGAUUGGCACGAUACUGCUCAUUGCCGUGUCAGGCCCACUCUGGGCUCGCUAUGGCUUCACAUUUCUUGUUUGUUGCGGUACAUUUGGCGUAUAUUCAACUACAUAUGCAUGGCUAUCCUCUACAAUUACUCAACCACCUGUUAAGCGUGCUGUGGCCAUUGGUUUGGCCAAUACGUGUGCGAAUAUUGCCUCUUUGUUCGCCAAUUAUUUCUGGUUGGAUCAGUACCAGCCGAUGUUUCGUCAGUCUUGGGGCUGCUUAUUAGGAUUUCAGGUUUUGGGGUUCUCAUGCAUCCUAACCCUUCGAUUCUUACUCCGUCGCAAAAACAAGAAAUUUGAGGCCAUAGUAUCCGAAGGACAUAUCAACGACACGAUUUUCAUGUCUAGCCUGGACGAUGAGACUCGGAACGCUGUUCAGAACAAUUUCAGAUAUGUUCUCUAG